CGCGUUGAUCAGAGUAAGCAAGACAAGCUAGUUGAAGACAGAAUGGCCCAAGCAGAAGAGAUCGCCCACGCAAUUGCGGGAGCCGGUGGAGGAGCGUUGUCGAUGGUGGUAACGUACCCAUUGGUGACAUUAUCGACAUUAGCCCAGACCACCAAGAAGAAGAAGCAGCAGGAGAUUGAGGAAGUCAAAGAGGAACCGGUGGAAGUGAAGGAGAUACACUUGAAGCUCAUUAACGGGUUGGUUAAGUCGUCGUCAUACCAAGCAGCCAAAGAGAUUAUUCACGAAAAGGGAAUCUUUGGAUUAUACUCUGGAUUAGAAAGUGCAUUGUAUGGGAUUACUUUGACUAAUUUUAUCUAUUAUUACUUUUAUGAAUUUACUUCUAAUAUUUUCUUGAAGGCCAAUUCUACUAGCCGGAGACCGGGCAGAGGAUUGAGUACGUUUCAAUCGAUUAUCACUGGUGCAAUUGCUGGUGCUAUUACUUGUGUUGGAUCUAAUCCAUUUUGGGUCGCCAACACUCGAAUGAUGACUGCUAAAAAGAAGGAAGGCGAGGCCACUAGCUCGACUGUUAAAACGAUUAUGAAUAUCAUUGAAACCGAUGGGGUUUCAACCUUAUUUGCGGGAGUUUUCCCAGCUUUAGUGCUUGUUAUUAACCCAAUCAUUCAAUAUACUAUAUUUGAACAAAUAAAGAAUAUCAUCAUUGCUUCUAAUGGUAAGCAUUCCUUCACUGCCAUCAAGGCCUUUUUCAUUGGUGCUUUUGGAAAAUUGAUUGCCACGGCCUUGACUUAUCCUUAUAUCACUUUGAAAUCAAGAAUGCACGUCAAGAAGGAAAAAUUGGCUGAGAAAACCGAUGAAGAAAUUAAAUUAUCAAUGGCUCAAGAAAUCAAAAAAAUCAUCCACGAAGAAGGCCUUGAAGGUUUAUACCGUGGAUUAUCGGUUAAACUUGUGCAAUCCAUAAGUACUGCUGCCUUUUUAUUUUAUUUCAAAGAAGAGUUACUUACUGGUAGUGUAAAAUUAGUUGAAAUCUUGAAAGUCUUGAGAUUGAAAAACUCGUCCCCUUAAAUAUAUACGUUU